UCCUCAUUUAGCUAUCAAGAUCAUAUUCUUAUUCCAGUAAUGCUUCCUCUUCACAGCUUUCCUAACAAAAAGCAAAGCAACAAGCAAAAAGGAGGAAGGGAUGAUAGUAGCUCGGAGAAAUCAGCUGAAAGAGCCAAACUGCUGAUCUGAAUUUUAGUGGUUGGGAAAUUACCUGAAGAGCUAUGAAGGCCUGGCUGCUCCUGGUUGCUGCUUUUCUUCUCUGGCCAGGCUGCUCUUCUCAAAAGGCAUGUGACGAACCAGAUGAGGUUGACUUUGGGGAAAUUGUGAGCGCUGAGAAAGCCAAGUAUUUGGAAAAUGACCGAGUGCAAUACAGGUGCAACCCUGUUUAUGUCUUGGAAGGACCUGAAUGGAUUCAGUGUAAGGGACAAGAAUGGACACCUCAUCCACCAAAAUGCUUGGCACCCUGCAGUAUCACAAGACAACAGCUAGCAGCAAAAAACUUGUUUGUGUUUGGGAAUCAAAGAAAAGCUCGGCUUAUUCAAAAUAAUCAGAGUCUGCGGUUUCAGUGUAAUGAAGGCUAUGUCCUCGUGGUUCCAUCAGUCAGAAAGUGUGUUGACGGUUACAUGGAUUUGCCUUUAUGUAUCUCUGAGAGAGGAAAAAACUGCAGUGGUCCACCCAGGACUGAGAACGGAGACAUUAUUACUUUAUCUAAGAAGCAGUACAGAUCUGGCUCUUCAGUAGAAUUCAGAUGCCAAACAUAUUAUGCCAUGGAGGGCCAGAACAGAUCUUUUUGUAACAAUGGGACCUGGACAAAGGUGCCCAAUUGCCUUGAUCCUUGUAUGAUCCCCAGGACUGAACUGGAAAGCCAGAAGAUAGAAGUUAAAGAUGAAAUCGAUGCACCUGAAAAUAUAUUUGUGCAACAUGGUCAUUCUAUUGAGCUCACCUGUAGAACAGGAUAUGUCCUGGCAGCAAAUUCUUCCCAAUCGGCUUUUGUCAUCCAUUGUAACGGGACACCACCAGUGAUUCCUAAAUGCAAAGAAAUUACAUGCAACUCUCCAAGAAUAUCUAAUGGUACUUUCCGACCUCAAAGAACUAUAUAUCAUGAUGGGGAUCUAAUUCGAAUUCAGUGUGACAGUGGAUUUACUUUUGAUCCAGAUAAUGGAGAAAAGGUGGUUGAAUGCACAAAGAAUGGAUGGUCACCUCCACCAAAAUGUAUCAAAAAAUGUGAUACUUCUCUACGUAUUCAUAAUGGUCAUUUUGCUAGUACUUAUCAGGACAUGUACAUAGAAGGUAACGACAUUAGAUUUGUUUGUGAUCAGGGAUAUUCUCCUGCAAACCAGCAGUCAACAUCCACUUGCACAAAAAAUGGCUGGUCACCUGCUCCAAGUUGUAUCCUGACAGAAAGGGGCUGUGACUAUAUCCGUAUAGAAAAUGGAAGAAUGGCCAAACCAUAUGAACUAUACAGACCAUUUCCAAUAUCGGAGGGACAAUCAAUUUAUUUUUCUUGUAAUCAUGGUUUUCUGCCUACAAACAAGGAAAUGUGGCAAGCAGCAACAUGCAUCAAAUCCCACUAUGUCCCAGAACUAAAAUGUUUCAGUAAGUAA